UCAUUUGUGCUUGUCUUCCCUUUCUGCCCCGUGACAUCUUAUUUUCUUUUAAAGCAGCAGUUUGAAAUUGAGUACAGUCAGACGUUUUGCGUUGAUAGAAUUCACAAAAGCUUCCAUUCAGGUUCAGUGCAGCCCUCCACUUCUUAUAUUGCUGUUUUGACAGUUUGUGGAGCUGACAUCAGUUAAGGAACUCAAUUCAGCUGAAGUCACCCGAUUCUGUCGAGUUGCUCUCAAGAGUGCUGAAGGUUUUGUUGACCGGUAUAGACUAGCUCGUCUUUAGGAGGAGUGAUGGAGGCUGACAUCUUUGAGUAUCACAAAGACAACCCUGUGGACGUUGAGUCUUUCCAGGGGGAGAAGAGGAAGCUCAUUCAGCCAACAUCUUCAAAAGACCCCAAACUUGAAAAGCUAAAGCAGGCAUUGGUUGAUUGGAUCAAUAAGACUUUGAAACCAGAGCACAUAGUGGUUCAGAGUCUGGAGGAGGAUCUGUACGAUGGACUGGUGCUUCAUCAUCUGCUGUGCAGAUUUACCAAUGUGCAGUUGCCUGUGGAGGAGAUAGCGCUGACCAGCACCAGUCAGACCCGCAAGCUGGAAGUGAUCCUGGAGGAGUUGGACAAGAAACUGGGCCUGCAGGACAGCAGCCAGAUCAAAUGGAACAUCAAACUCAUCCACAACAAAGACCUUCUGGCCACUAUUCAUCUGCUGGUUGCCAUGGUGAGAUGUUUCCAGCCUGAACUGGAAUUGCCAUCAAAUGUGAAGGUUGAAGUUGUGGAAGUGGAAGUCAGCAGCAGUGGAAUUAAAUCAUGUCUGCAGAUAGAGAUCCUGACAGAGGAUAGCACCACAGGCUCAGACUCCCUCAGCAAUACUGAAAGGGAAGAUCCCAUUGAGCAACUGCUGAAGCUUGAGGCUCACAAGGUCAACACGGUGAAGAAGGCCAUUUUACACUUUGUCAACCAGAAUAUGUCAAACAUGGGUCUGCAGGUGCAUGAUAUGGACAGACAGUUUGCUGAUGGUGUGAUUCUGCUGCUUCUGAUCGGACAGUUGGAAGACUUCUUCAUCCCGCUCUACGAGUUCAACCUGACCCCUGUCAGUCACUCUGAGAUGCUUCAUAAUGUGACCUUGGCCUUGGACCUCCUGAAUGCUAUAGGCUUCCAAAUGUCCACUGUUGACCCACAAGAUAUCGUCUCUCAGGACGUUACUGCCACCUUGAAGGUUCUGUACGCCCUGUUCAAGAAGCACAAAGGGAAGGGAGAGAGGACAGAUGCCUGAAGAGGAAUUCAGCAACUGGAAAUAGAAACAAAGUGAACAAGCUAUUGUGGCAGGUCAGUAUGUCAGAAGCUGGAAAGUAUGUUAUCAGGUGCCUCACCAACUAGCCCUCCAAGCCUUCAGCACCACCCAUUUUGUGAAGAGGGAUGGAUACAAAGUGAGCAAAGAAGUCCCAGUGGGCAACUGCCGCAGGAGCACAGGGGUACCAAAAGCCCCAGGUUCAUUAUGUAUCAAUGAGUUUUACAUAAUUUUAUUAACUACACGUUUGUUUAGGACUUUUCACCACUAAAGUGCAAAAUCAACUGAGUUAGGCUCUGCAUUGUUGUCUGUUAUUGUGGACCUGUCCUUUGAUCUUAGCUGGUUUAAGACUAUUUUAGCUUAUAUUGUGCUCACGGUGUAUUCGUCAAUAAAUCUCCAACCAGGUACUAACCAGACACUAGCCAGACCAGAAGUACUAUAUGCUUUCGUGGCCUUUUUAAAUAUUGUUGACAGUGUAAAGACAAUAAAUCACACAUAUACAUGUGAUGUAUGUGUUAUUUCCUGGUAAUUUGCUGGGGUUUUUUUUCCCUUUCUCACUGUACUUCCUUUCUUACUAUAUAAGUCCCCCAUCCCCCACUGCCACUUCUCAAUAAACUGUGUGAAUUUC